GAUAUCCUGUCUUGACUUGUACCAGGAAGUAUAUUACCAAUGACGGUUUUAAGGUAGACGGUCCCCGACAGCUUUGAUAAGUUGAGAAAUAUAUGUGUAUACAAUAUACCUACUGUUGCACUGAUAAAGAACUACAAGUGAAGUUUAUUCUAACCGAUACGUAUAACAAAUACAGACAAGCUCAACGAGACAAUUCACGGACCAGGACCGCUGUAUUCUUUUAAAAAAAUGGCACAAAGGCCCGUCGGCCGACAUGAAACCUGGAAGCCCGAUACCAAGACCAGGUCAAUCAAGACAAGAGACCUCAAAGAUACGCCAUAUUCUUUGGUAGCGGCCAUUGACUUCGGAUCGACAUUUUCUGGAUAUGCUUUCUCCACUAAAUUUGAUCACAAAUUAGACCCAUUGAAAGUAAGCAACAUGACAUGGACUGCAAAAUGCGGGGGCCUUUUAUCCCUUAAAACGUCUAGUUGUAUACUGUUUGAUCCGACAGAAACAUUUGAUUCCUUUGGUUUCGAUGCUGAAGACAAAUACGCGGAUCUAAUGCAGGAAGACGAAAACAAUGGCUGGUUUUUGUUCCGUCGCUUCAAAAUGACUCUUUACUAUGAAAAGGAAAUAUCGCGUGGAAUGAAGUUGAAAGCCAGCAAUGGUAAGGAGAUGUCAGCUAUGAAGGUAUUUACGUGUUCCAUACGAUUCCUCAAAGACCAUUUAUUGGAUAUGUGUAAGUUACGAGGUGUUGGUAUUGACAUGUCAGAGAUUCGCUGGAUCCUCACCAUGCCUGCUAUUUGGAACGACCGAGCAAAACAGUUCAUGCGGGAAUGUGCAGAACAGGCCGGAAUUCCUGGUCCCCAGCUUAUCCUUUCUUUGGAAGCGGAGGCCGCCGCUCUUUUCUGCAAAUAUCUGCCUCUUUCCGAAAUGGCAGUGGGUAAAGCGGGGAAUGUAUCUGUGUUUAAACCUGGAGCAAAGUACUUAGUGCUCGACGUGGGAGGUGGCACAGUGGACAUCACUGUACAUGAGGUACAGGACGACCUGAGACUGAAAGAGUUAUACAUGGCCAAUGGCGGUGAAUGGGGUGGCACGAUGGUUGACAGCGAGUUUAUCAAGCUACUCUCGGAGAUCUUGGGAGACAACGUUGUGGAGAAUUUCAAAAAGAACAACCAGGCUGAUUUCCUAGAUCUACAAAGGACGUUCGAAGCAAAGAAGCGAACUAUCAGUUCUACAAAAGAAGCGAAGAUAACAUUCAUACUUCCUAUUAGUCUACUCGAUACCUUCAAUCAGAUCAACCCCAAACUGAAUCUCACUGAGAAAAUCAAAGCAAACAGCAAAUUUCACAAAAACCUUACCUGGAAAAUGGAUAAAAUGCGACUAAAUGCGGAACUUGCGAAAGAGUUAUUUUCGAAAUCUGUGAAAAGAAUCGUUGAUCACGUGAUUGACCUUCUACAUAAACCUGAAAUUGAACACGUCCAAGCCAUACUACUGGUAGGGGGUUAUUCAGAAUGUCCGUUACUUCAGGAAGCAAUAACAAAAGAGUUCCCAAAGAAACGCCUCGUUAUUCCGCAAGAGGCAGGAUUAGCUGUUUUGAAAGGGGCGGUCGUUAACGGACAUGAGCUAGAAGCGGUCACCGAACGAAUCAGCCGAUUGACGUACGGGGUAGGAACUAAUAUGCCUUUUAAUCCGGGAACCCACGAGGAAAGCCGAAAGUUCAAAGACGAUGACGGGAAGGACCUGUGUAGGGGGUGUUUCUGUGCACACGUGAGAUAUGGAGAGUCGGUACCGGUUGGACUUACUGGGCGGUGUGAGCGAUACUGGGUAAUGGAAUCAGACCAAACCGAGCUCCCAGUAUAUAUCUACACAACAAAGAACUCGAAUCCUAAAUAUAUUGACGAGGAAGGCUGUGAAAUCAUAGGGGAAGUCAUUGUGGAAAUGAAAAACACUGAGAGAGGCCUACAGCGUGGUGUCGACGUGGAGUUUACCUUUGGAGGAGCGGAGAUUGAGGUGACCGCAUACGAUAUACAUUCACGUGAAGAACAAACAGCAUAUUUCAACUUUUUAGGCUAAUAUUACAAGCCCUACAUUAUCAAAUUUAUAAAUGUGAUGCAAUUAAGAAUGUGACAAAUGCACUUGAAGUGCAAGCUAUAAUGAAAUAAAAGGGCACUUUUUAUCCCAACAUAUAGCAACUUACAAGUGGAGGUAAAACGCACUGUUCCAUGAAGUGUGGGCAUGUUCGAUAUAUAAACAAUGGAACUUGCAGAGUUCAAACAUAAGAUUCAUCCUUAAUGAGAUUUAUACUUCAUCGCUAUUAAAAUGUAUUUACAAACAACGAGUUAUUUUUUUAUAAACAUGAC